GCUGCGCAGCUUAUCCUCUGCAUGUGGCGCCCUGCUGCUGCUGCUGCUGAGGAGACUGCGCAGACUCAGCUGCAUACUGUGGAGGUCUGGCCGGCGGCUCAUGCUGACGGGCCGGUCCUGUUAAGGCGUUCAGUUCCCUGCUGUGGACCGGGGGGACCAGAGGCGCUGUGGACGGAGCUGACACACGGAGAUAACCUUUCUGUUGAAAUGACCAACUCAAAGCUGAAACCCAAGAGCCAGGUGGACGGGGCAGAAGGCCCGGACGGAGGCUGGGGCUGGGUGCUGGUCUUGGCCAUGUUCGUCAGCACGAGCCUCGUGUUCGGCCUGAUGCGCAGCUUGGGGAUCUUCUUCGUGGAGUUCGUCCAGUACUUCGAGGAGAGCGCUCAGGCCAUCUCCUGGAUCUCAUCCAUCGGCCUGGCCGCGCAGCAGUUCUUCAGCCCUCUGGGUGCAGCUCUUUGUAACGCGUAUAACACCAGACAGGUGGUGAUGACAGGAGGCUUCCUCUCCGGGCUCGGACUGGUCCUGGCCUCACAGGCCACCUGCCUGGUUCACCUCUACCUCACUAUGGGAGUAAUCUCAGGUUUGGGCUGGGGCCUCGUCUUCUCCCCCAUGGUGGCCACAGUCAUGGGCAGCUUCACCCGGAGACGAGCCCUGGCUGUAGGACUGGGUUUCUCCAGCAUUGGCCUUUCUUCUUUUGCUUUUAACCCACUUUUCCAGCUGCUGGUGGAGACGUACGCCUGGCGAGGUGCCCUGCUCAUCCUGGGGGGCCUCAGCUUCAACAUCAUUGCCUGCGGAGCCCUGAUCCGACCCGAGUGCCGAUCCAGAGCCCCCGUAAAGGUGGACUCGCAGGGCAGAUUAUCACUUUCUGAUAUGCUGCAGAGGGUCUCCUCCUACCUGGAGGUGUCGCUGCUCUGUGAGAGGCCUUAUCUCACCUACACGUUAGGCGUGACCCUUUUUAACUUCGGCUACUUUGUGCCGUAUUUCCACCUGGUGGCCCACAGCCGGCAGGUGGGCUUCUCUGAGUACCAGGCGGCCUUCAUCAUGUCGGCGGCGGGCGUCACAGACAUUUUUGGCCGAGUAGUGUCCGGCUGGUUCUCUGACCUGGGACACUUCCGCGUCAUUCACCUGUUGACCCUGUGGACGGUUCUGGCGGGAGUGUUCAUCAUGCUGCUGCCGGUGAGCUCCCUGGCGGGUUCCUACGCUGCGCUCAUGAUGAUCAGCCUUCUCUACGGUUUCUGCUCCGGGGCUCUGACUUCGCUGGUGUUUGCUGUGAUGCCAACGAUUAUGGGGGUGGAGCGCAUGAUGGGCGGCCUCGGGCUGCUGCAGCUGAUCGAGAGCUCUGCAGGACUGCUGGGUACUCCUCUCUCAGGUUGGCUCCGAGACAUCACGGGAAACUACGUGGCCUCCUUCAUGGCGGCCGGCUCCUUCGUGCUCCUGGGCAGCCUGGCCAUGACCACGAUGCCCCACUACUUCUCCUGCACGGAGCCACCACCUCCUCAGAGACCCGUCCUCGACCGUAGCGCUGGGACUUUAGAGCGUUUAGAGCUGGGACGUUCCUCUGAGUCCAUCCAUCAAACCGUGGAGCAGGCCGAGAGGUGACGUGACCGGGGGUUCUGUCUGCAGGAAUCAGCCGACUGUUUUUAUCAAUAUACCUCUGAGGCUCAGGUCCAAAGCCAGUGGAUGAAGAAAGGGGCCGGUAAAAUGUAAGUGGAGGGAAAAAAAAAAACAAAUGUUCAUUUGUAUCCCUCUUGAUAAAGAAGCAAAAAUAAGACGCAGCAUUGUGGAUGUAAAACACAGCUGGGAAAAUGAGUGCUGAAACACAUCAGUUAUCUUUGUCUGCAAGUAUAAAUCCAAUGAGGCUGUCGACGUGAAAUUUACACCUAGAUGUCAGCAGCAACCCAAGUAAUUACACAUCAGAAUAAACAAGGUUAUUGCAUAAAAGCUGCAUUGUUGUUGUCUAAAAA